AUGGCAGGAAAAUGCAAUCCAUCGUCCAUAAUGGUUCAAGUCCGAGAGGGUGGCGGACGUGUAGCUCAGUUGUCAUCAAAUUCGCAAACGAAUGACGCUUAUGUACAAAAACGAUAUGAAGCAAGCACUAUUCGUUUGUCUGAACAACCUCCACCCCCUCCUACUCUGGCAGAACGAUAUCCGGACAAUUACGAGGAUGUGGGAAUGGACGUUGAAUCUUCUCGCUCCAGUUGCAUUUCUGACUAUGAGCAUGGUGACAACACUGGUUAG